GAUUUUACAAUUUGAGCUAGUGAAUGUACAGUUGGUCGGGACUGUCAGUAUCGUUUAAGUUGUGAGUUGUGUGCUAUGACGUUUUAAAUAAUAAAGUUAUUUGUGACAAUAAUACAUGAAUAAAAUAAAAUUAAUAUCCAACGUAGACAAUACUCUGAAUGAAAUAUGAAUGACAUGUGACAUAAAAAGAUGUUGAAAGGAUAUUGCACAAUAUAAUUUAAGAAAUCAAAUCUGAGCAAAGCAGUAGAGAGAAGUAUGCUAUUAGUAUGAAGUGGAUAAUAAUUUCAUGUAUUUUGUGUGUAUUUGGUUGCUUUAAAGAGUUUAGGCCUUCAGAGUCUUUUGUGACUGAUUAUUUAACAGGACCAUGGAAAAAUUUUACAGAUGUUCAAAUUGUCAUUAUUUUUCAGGUAAACCAGAAAAUAUUUCCUGUUUCCACAUAUUCCUAUUUUGCAACAUUAAUUAUUGUAUUUUUAAUAACCGACUUUGUACGAUAUAAGCCAAUUAUUAUUUUAUGUGGCCUUUCUGGAACUAUUACAUUUCUCUUAAUAAUACUUGGACAAGAUGUUUUAACUAUGCAAGUUUUAGAAUUCUUUUAUGGCUUGUUUUUAUCCACGGAAGUAGCAUAUUACACAUAUAUCUAUGCUAAAGUUGACAGAAAACAUUAUCAGGAAGUAACUAGUCAUACAAAAGCAGCAGCUCUAGUUGGUCGUUGUAUGGCUGGUAUUAUUGCACAAUUAACAGUAUCUUUUGAUAUAUUAAAUUAUCAUCAAUUAAAUUAUCUUACAAUUGGAGCUGUUACAUUUGCAACAAUAUGGGCAUUCUUUAUACCUUCAGUUGGCCAGUCUAUUUACUUUCAUAGAAAAAAUAAGAAUAAUUUCUUAACUCAUAAUGGAACAAUUGUAUUGCAACAAAAUGAUAUAAAUCAAGUUUUACACAGUUCUGAACAAUCUGAGUGUACUUUUUCUAAUAUUUCACUAAUACAUAAAGUUAAAGAAGCUUAUGUUCUAUUAUGGAAAGAUUUUUUACAAGCAUAUUUGAAUAGUCAUGUUGUAAAAUGGUCAAUAUGGUGGUCAUUUUCAACUUGUGGAUAUUUGCAAGUAAUUAGUUAUAUACAAUUAUUGUGGCAAACUGCUGUAGUCCCUGGAGAUAAAAUUUACAAUGGAGCUGUAGAUGCUUUAUAUACAAUUAUAGGUACAAUCACUGUUUUCUGUAUUGGGAAGAUACCAUUUAAUUGGUCUUUAAUUGGAGACAUAGUAGUGUCAUCUAUGUCACUUGUGGAAGGCAUUUUAUUAGUGGUAUCUUCAUAUAGUUGCAGUAUUUGGUUGUUAUAUGCCAUGUAUAUAGUAUUUGGAAUCAUUUAUCAUACAAUGGUUACUGUUGCAAGUUUUGAAGUUGCAAAAUGCAUAUCAGAAGAUAGUUAUGGUUUAAUAUUUGGUAUAAAUACUUUUUUUGCACUACUAUUGCAAAGUGUAUUAACAGCUAUAGUAGUGAAUGGAAAUUUAAAAUUAAAUCUGAGGUCUCAGUAUUUUGUUUAUGGUGGUUAUUUUAUUGCUAUAUCAAUACUUUACAUGAUAAUCGGCAUUUUAAACAUUAUACGACAUUGUAAAAAAGGUGCUGGAUUUAAAAUAUGGGUACAGAAUACAGAGGUACAGAAUAAUUGAGAAUAUGAAAUAGUCUCCAAAAUGACUAGGUUUUAGUUACUGGUGUAGUUUUUAGAAAUUGAAUUAAUGAACAUUCAUUUGAAAAUGGUGAUAUUAGGUAUAUACAUAGUAAUCAAGGAUAGUUUAUCAAAUACACUUUUAUUUUUGUUACUAUUAUUUUAUUUUUCGGUUCGAUAGCUUUAGAAAAGGAACUUGAUUGGUUUAGCUCACAGAAAAUUAAAAUUAAAGCUGAACUAAUGUAAAACUAUUGCCUAUUGCUUUCUUGUCCUAUUACACUUGUUUUCUCCUGCUUACUUGCCUUCCCUUUUAACCCUACUAACAUCAGCUCUAACCGUUGUCCGCAAUUGACUCGCACAUCUCUGUCCUCUUCUUCCUUUCUCUAUCCAACAUCCCUAGCCAUCUUGUUCCUUCUUUUGAGCCCUUAUUACUCAAAAUCUCUUCAAUUUUUACACUUCCUUUUUCAAUCUCAUUGUACAGCCUUCGAAAGUGUUAUAUCGGUUCGCCCAUUCCCCAUAUCAUACAUACUCUGUGUUUGUCAUCAUAUCAAUUUCCUAAUACUAUCUCUGUUUCCUUUAAAUUAUCAUAUCUCGCCCUAGAUACCGAUCAAUUUGGCUUCCUUUAAUCCUCUUAUUAACGAAGUAAGUACUUUGGUAUUCCAUCUGUUAUUAGAUCCUUAUAUCUAGUUAAAUCUAGAAUUUAUUAUCCUAUUGAAUCGUUCUUGAAGUUGUACAUCCUCAUCCCUUUCUUUAAGAACGCAUUCUCUCUCGUUUAUAUUUUUCUGUUUCUUUCUUUUUCUCUCUUAACGAUUUCUGUUCCGUACGAUAUCACAUUCUUUACUAAACUGUCAAAUAAAUUUAUUUCCAAUAAGUCAAAUGAACUCCAAUUCCACACAUUUGCCUUAAUGCCAGAUUACCUUUCCUUAUCAACCCUUUCAACUGUUCUGUAUUUUUCUCGCUUUUGCUAAAAAUAUAUGCUAAAUAUUUAAGAUAUUGUAUUAUCUGCUCUAAUUCUUUUUCUUUCCAUUCCCAUUUUCUCUUCUUACUUUUACUGCCUCCUUUUCCGGAAAGAAGAACCUUCGAUUUAUCGACAUUUAAUGUUAACUUCUUCCUUUCCUAAAUAUCUUACUAAUCUUUUAUCUUAUUAAUAUCAAUUAAGUUCCUCAAUAAAACGCUAUUAUGUAUUAUAGAUAUAAUACGUUUGUGUUGAUAAAACAUGUAGCAUACAGUAUUAUAUUUUUAAUAAUAUGUAUUAAGUGUUAUGAAACCAGGGUGCUACGAAAUCAAUUUGUAAUAUUUGUUAAUUUGUUUUAAUACCUACGAAUUAUAUAAUUUUGCGUAAAAUGUAGAAGAUAUUAGUAUUAGGGAUUCCUAUAAAAACAGUGUUCUGAAUGUAUAAUUGUUAUAUUUGAGAAAUAUAUUAAAGUUCUAUUUUUUAACAAACAA